AUGAUAAUCCGCAAGUUGACAGCCUUUUUACUCGCUCUCUGCGUAGCCACUCUUAUAACGGCUCUUUGCCUCAGUGACUGGCAUUGUGGAAAUCUUUUCGGGCAUUGCACUGAGGAGGGUAUCGAGGAUCGCGAUGCCAUGCUGACAGUCGUCACGAUGUUGGUGAUAGGUCUGAUUUUCAUCUUCAUCGUAUUCCUUCUUGACGUGGUGCUGCUCUUCAAGAAAUCCGUACACACAGGGCUCAUCACAGCACGCUUCACAUUCAUUUAUUUGGGUGCCGCGUUGGCAUUCAUCGCGGUCAUUGUCUACACAGCCGUUAAGAGUAAUAUGUGGGGCUACUUCCUGGCUGUCUUUGCCUCCACUAUCUCUAUCGUCCUUGCUAUGAUGGCUGUGGUCUCAUCAAGGUGCGUUUCCAGAAGCGAAGUGGUCACUGUCCAACACAAUUGA